AUGACUAACCAAGUAUCACCUUUACCCAGUUUUACAAUUGCAUGUAACCUGAGUGCAAAAUUAAGAACGAUUUUACCAGAUUCACGCAGGCCGCAGUUCUCAGUCUUCUCUGUUACCCGGUGCAGUUUGUUCUUCUUGUUGCUUCAACAAUGGUGUCUUGUGCCCUCUCGUCACUUACGCUCUGAUACCAAUUUGCACCAAGAUUGGGUCCUCCGGACUCCCAAUCUUACCUACAAUCAGCCUUCACACUUGGAAGAAGAUUGCUUGACAAUUACUCCGACAAUACACACCAAUUUCACCCCAAGAAAUCAAUUCUUGGUUUUCAGGCCAGCCUUGAGUGUAGAAGGUGUUCCACACCUUUUUGUUCCGGCCAAAACAACAAACACAAAUGCACUUAAGGGAAGAGAGGAAGAAGAUGAUUGCUUAACAAGUGAAUCAAAAAAAUCAAAUGAAUUAUAUUAUUUUGAGUUGAACAAAACAGAAAAUAGGCCAAGUCUUGGCUGGUCUGCUACUGUUCUUCCAUUGACCGAGGCACCUUCAGCUGGAUUCCCAGAGCCCUGUGUCGCUUACCAGGAGGGUUCUUGGGCCUCGAUGGCUAGGCCCGUGUGCCAAGAUGUCAUAUCUGGGCUGGUCUCCCACCGGUUGUCCCUGGUCACCUCUCAAGCCAAGGUGCAAAGACGUCUGGUCGCUGGAAUCUGGGUCAGCAUCCGUUUUGUUGUUCUGAGGCUUCUGAUGUGUUUUGGAGGCUGCAUUUUGAUUCUGAAUCAAUCCUUCCCCACUUGUCUCAUAGUCUUGUUACAAAGGCAUUCAAGGACAGCUUUGAAUGAUGGUUUUGAACAGUUUUGGAAGGUUGAGAGUUUCUCAAUUUUGAAGAGUUCUAGUUUUGGUCGAGUGUUCCCAAAGCUUGAUCUUAGUAGUCGUUGUCUAGAAAAGUACUUGGAAUGGGAGAAAUCCUUGGAAAGGUACUUUGAAUACAAAGACAUUCAAGAGGAAGUACAAAAAUACAAGAUAGCCAAAGUCAAGCUGAAAGGCUAUGGUGAUAGUUGGUUGCAAGGAGAACAAAGGGGGCGUACCCUUAGGGGGAAAGCUUCCAUCUCUACUUGGAGGAAAUUGAAGAAAAGGAUGAGGGAUCGCUUUAUUCCUCACAAUUACAAACAAAGUCAAUAUGUAAAGUGGAGUACUUUACAACAAAGAGGCGUCCCAGUUGAAGAUUACAUAAAGGAGUUUGAUAGACUCGCCAUUGUGUGUGAAGUCACAGAAAAUGAAGAGCUCAAGUUGGUGCGUUUUAUUGCUGGUUUGGAUCAAGAAUUGCAAGAGAAGCUUGAAGGUUACACCAACUUAACCUUUGUGGAAGCUUGUAAACUUGUGGUGAAAUUCGAUGCUAAGAGGAAGAAGAAGAAGUCUACUUUCAUUCCUCAAGUGGUUCGAAAACCUACCUUUCCUACCAAGGAGGGGUCUAGUCUUGUCAAACCUAAUGAUCCACCUAGGAAGGACAAGAAGGACUUCAAACUUAGUGACAUUGUAUGUUACAAGUGUGGAGGAAGAGGGCAUUUCAAGAAAGAUUGUCCAAAUUCAAGGGCCUUAACUAUGCAAGAGGUGAAGCUCAUUGCCAACCAAACUAUAGAUUGGGAAGAGUUUGAAGAUGAAGAAGGGGAGGCCGUGGGUGAAGAUGAAGAGGAGGACCAAUGCUUUCCAGAAGAGGAGGCCAAGCAAAGCCUAGUGGUGAGGAGGGCGUUGCAAGCCCAAGUUGAGGAGCCCAUAGCACCUCAAAGACAACACAUUUUCAUCACCAAGUGCAAGGUUGAAGGCGAGGUAUGUGAUUUGAUUAUUGAUAGUGGGAGUGAGGCAAAUAUGGUUUCUAAAACUCUAGUAACCAAACUUGGUCUUACAACUACAAAUCAUCCAAAUCCUUAUAAGUUGAGUUGGUUAGAUUCGAAUUCCAGCACGGGGGUUAGAAAACAAAGCAUGGUUAGUUUUUCCAUUGGUUCUUAUCAUGAUUCUCAAUUAUGUGAUGUUGUGUCUAUGAAUGCUUGUCAUAUUUUACUUGGUAGACCAUGGCAAACUGAUCGAAAAUCUGUCCAUGAUGACUUUGAAGAUGUUUUUCCUGAUGAGUUACCUAAUGGGUUACCACCUUUAAGAGGUAUUGAACAUCAAAUUGAUCUUAUUCCUGGUGCUCCUUUGCCUAACAAACCCGCCUAUAGAUGUAAUCCUUUGGAGACUAAGGAGUUGCAAAGACAAAUAGAGGAGUUGAUGAGUAUGGGGUAUGUGCGUGAGUCUAUGAGUCCUUGUGCUGUUCCUGCUCUUUUGGUUCCUAAAAAGGAUGGUACAUGGCGUAUGUGUAUUGAUAGUGAAGGUGUGAAAGUUGAUCCAAGCAAGAUUAAGGCUAUUCAAUCAUGGCCUAGUCCCAAGACACUCACGGAGGUGCGCUCAUUCCAUGGGUUAGCUUCCUUUUAUAGGAGGUUCAUUCGCAAUUUCAGCACUCUCAUGGCUCCUAUAACUGAGUGCACAAAGAAGGGCUCGUUUGAGUGGACUCCCCAAACUCAAAAGGCCUUUGAGGAGGUCAAAGAGAAGAUGUGCAACACUCCAAUCCUAGCACUUCCAGAUUUCUCAAAGCCAUUUGAAGUUGAGUGUGAUGCAAGUGGGAGGGGAAUUGGUGCCGUUUUGAUUCAAGAAGGGCGUCCUAUUGCCUAUUUUAGUGAGAAGUUGAGUCAAGGCAAGCUGAACUAUUCCACCUAUGACAAGGAGUUCUAUGCAAUGGUGAGGGCUCUAGAUCAUUGGUCACAUUACUUGAGGCCACAACCAUUCAUCCUACAUUCUGAUCAUGAGUCUUUAAGAUUCAUUCAUGGCCAAAAGAAGCUGAAUUCGAGGCAUGCUAAGUGGGUGGAGUUCUUGCAAACAUUUAACUUUUCCUCUAAAUACAAGAGUGGGAAAGCUAAUAUUGUUGCGGAUGCCUUAUCUAGAAGACAAAAUGACUUUCUUUUUAAGGGAAAUAGAUUAUGCAUUCCUAAGUGUCCUAUUCGAAGUCUAUUGAUCCAUGAGGCUCAUGGAGGUGGACUAGCCGGUCACUUUGGAGUUCAAAAGACCAUGGAGCUUCUUCAAGCUCAUUUCUAUUGGCCUAACAUGCUAGCUACUGUCCAUCAUGUGGUGGCUCGUUGUUCUACUUGUCAAAGGGCCAAGAUGGUGUUUCAAAAGGGUCUCUACAAGCCUUUGCCUAUUCCAGAAAGACCUUGGGAAGAUGUGAGUAUGGACUUUAUUGUGGCUUUACCUAGAACUCAAAGAGGUAAGGACUCAAUCAUGGUGGUGGUAGACCGUUUCUCUAAGAUGGCUCACUUCAUUCCUUGUCACAAAACUGAAGAUGCAAUGAAGGUGGCUAAGCUUUAUUUUGAUGGGAUUGUGAGAUUCCAUGGAGUCCCAAGGACUAUUGUUUCUGAUAGGGACACAAAAUUUCUAAGUCACUUUUGGAAAUCCUUGUGGCGCCUAAUGGGGACUAAAUUGCUAUUUUCGACCUCUCAUCAUCCUCAAACUGAUGGACAAACGGAGGUGGUCAAUAGGGUGCUAGGUUCUUUGCUUAGGACCUUGGUUAGUAAGAGCACCAAAGAUUGGGAUGUUAAGCUAGCUCACGCUGAGUUUGCUUAUAAUAGGACCCCUAGUACUACCACAAAGUAUUCUCCUUUUGAGGUGGUCUAUGGUUCCAAUCCUUAUGUUCCUAUUGAUCUUAUUGCUCUUCCUCAAGACAAAUUCGUUGGUGACUUGGUGUGGAUUUACAUGAGGAAAGAAAGGUUUCCUAAUCAAAGGAAAAACAAGCUCAUGCCCCGAGCCGAAGGUCCAUUCGAAGUGGUGGAAAGAAUAAACGACAAUGCCUACAAGGUUGAUUUGGGAGGUAAGUAUGGCGUUUCAAGCACGUUCAAUGUGGGAGAUCUAGCACCAUACUAUGAUGAUGAAGAAUUGAGGGCAAUUCCCAUUGAAGAAGGGGAGGAUGACCAAAGUGGUCAAGGUUCGAAUAGUCCAAAUAUUCCAGUCCAAGAACCCAACGUUAGGGAAUUAAUUUUGUCCAAGUCUUUUUUCGAGAUUACGCCUACAAGCUUUGGUGUGCAUGGUCCGAAUAUGUCCUCAAAUGGUUGCACUUUGCUAAGCGUGACUAACUACCUCAUUAAUGAGACAGAUUAA